AUGGCUGAGCCUUCAGCUUCUUGGGGAAAAGCUGAAGAUUACAAUAACCGCCAAUUUGAGAAACAUAUGUGCUGCGCAUCGCUCAUAUGUCGGACAUACGAGGCGCGUCAUACCGAACAAGGGGGGCUGUCCUUGGUCACACCCGCCGCCCUUAGUUACCCCUCCCAGGAGAGCACCAGCAUCCUCGGUGCGUCGCGUCGUCUCCUCACCAGGCCUAUAUGGAGAAAUUGUCCUUCCUUGGUCAUCAUCAAGGUGCUCUCUUCGGGUACCGUAUGGUCACACACGGUUUUCCAGGAGGCGUUGGUGGAAUAUUUCCUCGAAAGAUCGACAUAUCUAUCGCUUCGUUUGCGGAUCCUGGGUGCUCAAUAUCGGUCCGCUGAACGCAGUGAGCCCAAGAACACCCAAGGGAACAACCGCUUAUCCGUUGGGUUUUCUUUGAUUUGGCCGAGGCACAAGGUGCGUUUGGGUGACGAACUGCGGAGAAAGGAGUUGGAGAGGUGA